AUAAAGGACUAAAGAUGUGGGAUCAAGGUGGGCAGCCUUGGCAGCAGUGGCCUUUGAACCAGCAGCAAUGGAUGCAGUCAUUCCAGCACCAACAAGAUCCAAGUCAGAUUGAUUGGGCUGCACUAGCUCAAGCAUGGAUUGCUCAGCGAGAGGCCUCAGGGCAGCAGGGCGUGGUGGAACAACAAGGAAUGAUGCCAAAUGGACAGGAGAUUUCAGGAGUAGAAUCUGGUGCAAACAACCAUAACAAUUUUCAGGGGGAUCCCAACUUCAACAGAAUGUGGCAGCCAGAAUGGGGAAUGCCUCACCAACCCCCUCAUCCACCUCCAGAUCAGCAAUGGAUACCUCCAGCCCAAGGUCCAAUGGAAAUCGUUCCUCCAUCUGAAGACAGCAACAGUCAGGACAGUGGGGAAUUUGCCCCUGACAACAGGCAUAUAUUUAACCAGAACAAUCACAACUUUGGGGGACCUCCCGAUAACUUUGCAAUGGGGCCAGUGAACCAGUUUGACUAUCAGCAUGGGGCUGCUUUUGGUCCACCCCAGGGUGGAUUUCAUCCACCUUAUUGGCAGCCAGGACCACCAGGGCCACCAGGUCCACCAGCACCUCCAGCACCUCCUCAGAACCGAAGGGAAAGACCCUCAUUCAGAGAUCGUCAGCGUUCACCUAUCACGAUGCCUGUGAAGCAGGAGCCUCCACAGAUUGAUGCUGUGAAACGCAGAACGCUUCCUGCUUGGAUUCGUGAGGGUCUGGAAAAGAUGGAACGAGAAAAACAGAAAAAGCUGGAGAAAGAGCGAAUGGAGCAACAACGCUCUCAGAUGUCUAAAAAAGAAAAGAAAGGCACUGAGGAAACUGAAGAGGGAGAUGGUCCGCGGUUACCUCAAAAAAGUAAAUUUGACAGUGAUGAAGAAGAUGAUGAUGUUGAAAAUUCAGAGGCUGUAAGUGUUGGAAAAGUCAGCAGGAGUCCAUCUCCAGCUCCUCCAGAGGAGCAAAGCGAACCAGAAAUGACAGAAGAAGAAAAGGAGUAUCAGAUGAUGUUUUUGACAAAAAUGCUACUGACAGAAAUCCUUUUAGAUGUCACAAACGAAGAAAUUUAUUACGUUGCCAAAGACGUACACCGUAAAGCAACUAAAGCUCCUGCAAAACAGCUGGCACAGUCCAGUGCACUGGCUUCCCUCACUGGACUCGGUGGACUGGGUGGUUAUGGAUCAGGAGACAGUGAGGAUGAGAGGAGCGACAGAGGCUCUGAAUCAUCUGACACUGAUGAUGAGGAACUACGACACAGAAUCAGGCAAAAACAGGAAGCGUUUUGGCGAAAAGAAAGAGAGCAGCAACUAUUGCUAGAAAAACAGCUAGAAGAAGAAAAACUACAAAAUGAAAAAAUUCCAAAAGAUAUGAGUGAAUAUACCAACAAAGAGCAAAAUAGCAGCUUUUCACCGUGUGAAAUAAAAGAAACCGAGGAUGACAUGGUUAAUGAAAAGAAAAGAUCCCCAACUGAAACUGCACCAGAUACUGAACUCAAAAAAGAUGUUAAAGAAAGGGAAAGAAUAGGAAGGAGUAGAUCAAGAAGUUCUAGUAGUGGUAGCAGUAGCAGCAAUAGCAGAAGCAGUAGUAGCAGCAGCACUGUGUCUAGUUCUUCGUAUAGUACUAGCUCAGGUAGUAGCCGCAGUUCUUCACGUUCUUCCUCUCCUAAAAGGAAGAAGAGGCAUAGUCGCAGUAGAUCUCCUUCACAUAAAGUUAGACGCAGUAGAAGCAGGAGUUAUUCUCAUAGAAAUCGUAGAGAAAGGAGUAGAAGUAGGGAAAAGAUAAGAGAAAGGAGGCGGUCCAGCAGAAAUAGAAGUAUGGAAAGAGGGGAAAGACGACGAAAUCGUAGUCCUUCCCAAGAAAGGAGUUGGGAGAGACAUAGAAGCAACAGUCAUUCAAGAGACAGGAGAGCUAGUCGUGCUAGUCGCAGCAGGAGUAGGGAUAGGCGUAAAAGUGAUGACCAGCAUAGAAAUCUUAGUGGAAAUAGGCAUAAACAUAAAGGUGAUGGUAAAGAUCAGGAGAGGAAAAAGGAACGAAGUAGGAGCAUAGAUAAGGAUAGGAAAAAGAAUAGAGAAAGGGAUCGAGACCAAGAAAAAAGAAAAGAGAAGCAAAAAAAAGAAGAAAAAGAUAGUAAGACAGGAAAUCAUGAUGAAAAUAGGUUAAAAAGAAAAAGAGAAAGUGAAAGAACUCUUUCUCGAAGUGAUUCAAUAUCUGUUAAAAUAUUAAGACAAGAUUCUAGACAGGAAGGCAAAAAAAGUUCUACCAAAGAUAGUAAAAAACAUUCAGGCUCUGAAUCUAGUGCAAGGAGCAGUUCUGAAUCACCAGGGAGUAGCAAAGAAAAGAAGGCUAAGAAAUCGAAGCACAGUCGAUCGCGAUCCAUGGAGAAAUCUCAAAGGUCUGGUAAGAAGGCAAGCCGCAAACACAAGUCUAAGUCACGAUCAAGGUCAACCACCCCUCCCCGUCGUAAACGCUGAGGAAUGAGGUGGCACCAGUGUGAUGACGUUUUAAAAAUUCCAUGAGUUAUAAAGGCUUGUCUCAUUAUAGAGGCACAUUGUGGCUAUGUAGGUGAAAUCAGAAUCCUUUUUUUAAUCUGUAAAUAGGUGUAUUUUUUCCAAAUGCUGCUCAGAGUUAAAUACUUACUUGGAUUUCUUUGUAUGACAUUUUUUCAAAAACAGUAGUGCUUAAUAAGAAUAUAAACAUGCCAUUCUCUUUCAGCUGUAAUGUUCUUAAAAUUACUAUUGAAUGUACUGUGAUGUCAAUAAAGCUCUUUAGUUCAUUUUUGUUUAAAGUUCUUGCACCUUAAUUUUGUGUUAAGCGAUAGAAAAUACUUUUUUUUUAAAAAGGCAGCUUUUUUUUGUAUAUCAAAUUUUAAAAAUACUUUGAAAAAAAAAUUAACUUCUAUCACAUGUCAAAGUAUGUAAGUUAUCCAUGGCUUUGCUUGAGAUAAAUCAACUGGGUGGGAGUUAAGGAGAACAAAGAAUAGACUUUUUUUUCCUUUAGAUAAGUGUCUAACAGAUUUUGAAUCUUCUUUUUUGGACUAUCAAGUAGCAUAUGCUGUGUGUGUAAAGUAUGGAUUACUCUGUAAUUUGAAAUAUGCCAAAACAGACCAAGCACCAGUGGGAAUAUGUGCAAGUAACUGAUCGUGUGUGACACUAGUUCUCAGCUCUGGAACUCUAUUCCUCAAUCAAACACUUUUUAUUUUGUGUUCAAAAGAAUGUUCUGGACAUCUGGGAUUAUUGUUUAAAUAAGACUCAAUUUCUGAAUAAGAUAUUUUAUUGGUUGUGUGCACAUGUGCACAGAGACAAAAACUGAGAGACUAGGUAAACUUUCUUUGUGACACACGACAACUAUGUAGUAAACUUUUUAAACCGAUAUAUAUUUUUAGAAUUAAGAGAAUUGUAAUUUUAGUUAAAUGUAUUUAGUUAGGUUUCUAUCUAACCAGUUCCUCAUUCUUUUAACAUUACAGUAAUUUAUAAUGAAAGAAGUUAAUCGGUGUCCUUUUUAGUGAAGAAAAUUAACUCAUUAUAAUGAACCAGACUACAGAACAAAAAAAAAAAAAUCCACUAGUUGACUGGUGACUUAUAAAGGCUAUUAAUUUAGAGAGAGGCUAAAAUUCUGGUGCAGAAAUCUGUGCCUAUAAAUUCUGGUAUGAUGUUCACUUCUAAAGCAAGCUGCAUAACGUCAUUAAGUAAGAUAUUUCUGAGGUUUCUCUCUUGUAAGACGAAAUAAACUGUACUAGGCUAAAUUUGCAAUGCAUGUCUUCUUGAAAGAAAUUAUCCACUCCACUAAAAGUAGGAUUCCAUUACAUAAGAUUUUUGCCAAGGUGUUUUUUUCUGUAAAUUACAGGCAGAGAUUUGUAGUGCUUCCACAGAGUUCACAUUUUUUAACUAUAUGUUUAUUGAACAAGUUAAUAACCUGUGUGAAUAAAUGCAUGUUUGUCAAAACUGUGUUUCAUAGACUGAUAAGAAUUAAUUCAGUUAAAAUAACAUACCCAAAAGAAUUACAUUCUAUAGGUAGAGUAGUCAGUCAUACCUCUCAGAGGAAGGCAUAGUUUGCAAUACACUACUUUUUAAACUUGCACUCUGAACAGCCUUUAGGUUUUUGGUACAAGCAAGGAUUUUCUGAAGAGGUAAAUAGCUUGACAGUUUAGAUAUUUGGGAAUGAGUAGAUUUUCUUUUUUUUAAAAAAACAACUACAAUUAAGAUGAAGAUAAACUGCUGAGGAAUACAGUUUCCAUGAUGCACUGCAUUUGGUUUUCAGUCCAGAUUUUAUAUUAUCUGUUCAAUAAUAAUACAAAAAAUGUGUGUGCAAGCUUUAUAUACUCUACCAACAACUGGAAUUGUCACUUCCUGUAACUAUGAAAAUUACAUUUCUUUUACACAAGUGCACUGAUAUGGGUAGUGACUGUAUGCCAAUAAAAAGAGCAUACUAAUGCUAUACUUAACUGUUUCAUAGAGCUUUCUAAACAACCUAUUCAACACAUCAUUCACUAGCAGUAUAUUGGUAUAAUUUUUGUUGACAUUCAUAUACAUUAAACUUUAUCAUGAUUUAUAAGAGUUUCUUUAUGAGUGCGAUUAGAAUGAGAAAAAUAAAUAAGAAUGCCAAACAUCCAGUGUUCAAGUUGUAGCAGUUGUACUACAUUUGAAUCACUCCUAGCUUGGUCACAUGUAAACAGACAUCUCAUUUAAGGCAGUUCUGGUUGUCCCAGGUUUAGGCACAGUUAAAACAGCAGCAACACAGCAUUUUACAUGUGUAACUUUCAAGGUCCACUGCUGCCCCUCUUCCAGUAGGUGGCUGAAGAAAACAGCCUGCAGCCUGUUGAUGGGUACCUCGAGUUGGAGAAUCACUGGUUUACACACUUAAAAUGUAAGAGCUGUUGCCCUUUGCAAGAGUUCCUCCUUUGUCCUUACUCUGAAAGACCUUGGAUUUUAUGAAGUGCCUCCUUUCUGUCUUUGAACUAUGGUUUUUUGACAGCUCUGCUUUGGAAUUAAUAAGAGAGAUGGAUUCUUUCAGGGGUUUUACUAUUCACUUCUGAAUUUAUUAGAUUUGUGGUUCUAUUAGGCAUUAUGUAUGAGUUUAACUGUAGGGGUACAUAAACAUUAUUAUUUGAAGUGAAAAGACCAGCUGCCACAUCUCAGUUGCAGAUGCAGACAAACUUAGGUGAAAUCAGUGACAAGGAAGCUGGUGUAAUCCAAGUUGUCUUUUGAAACUAGAACUAGCUUCUGGAGGAAAUCCAAUUAAUCCAGAUUCUUACUAUUUUCAGUAUUUGUUGCAUAACCCUCCUUUUUGGCAAAUCAUUUUAAUUGUAAUUAGUGAUACUGGGGAGAAAAUAAGUAGUUGCAUUUUUUUCAGAGAUGAAUGAGGCAUGGAGAAUUCCAUAAUAGUAAGCAAACCUUUUUGUGACGGAAGUUACAGAAAGUCUAAGACCUCAGAGGUAAGGCAGGCGUAUCUGUCUUAUCCAAGAAUGGUUGAGGAGAAAUGUCACUGCUUGCCAGUAUUCUCUGUUGUGAGCACUUGUUCUCUCCAACAAAGGCCUUCUGGACAUCCUGCAUCCCUCCCUCCCCACCCCCCAUCCAAUAGGACAUCACUUCCAUGAAGUUCUUAUCCUUGUGGCUCCUUAAAAAUGUAAGAAAACUUGUCCACCUUUCUUAAAAACCAUGGGCAAGGAGUUGGGUGCUGCAACACUGAAUAUGGCAGCAGCUAGUGUUUAGGCACCCUGUCAAUUAGUGGAAUUCAUGACUUGGUUUAGUUUAGGCUUAGGCCCUGUACAGUGUAUAAGGAAGAUUAGGUUUCUUAAGACUGGGAUUCAUGAAAGCUGGCUGCUGAGCUGGGAGUCAUCUCAGCCAGCUCACAGGAAAUGCAGAGAAAAGAGGUGUAUCUAAGCACCAGUGUCAGGCCUCUUACAAAACAGCAGGGGAAGAGGAGCUUGGUGAUUAGGGUGCUUACCUGGGAAGGGGAAGGCCUGUUUUUUUCAGACCUUGUUGCAUGAAUACUUUAAUAUAAAAUAUGUAUAAUAGAUCACCAGAAGUAUUGGAACUUGGGUUCCCCUCCCCAUCCCCUCUGCUAGACAAUGGACUUCUGGUCAUACAUACACUUUUUCUUAUUCAAUAAAUAUUUAACUUUUCCAUGCAAAAUAAGACUUAUUCAAAAGAAGGGAAUGAGAAACCCCAAAUGCAGUUACUCUAGUUAUGCUUAGAGCAUUUAGGUAUGAUGUGGGAGAAGCAAAUUCAAAUUCCCUCAGGCAAAAGAAGGACUUAUCUGGGUUUUCUACAGCCUAGGUGAGCAUUUUAACCACUGAGCUAUUAGAUGAAGUGGGCACCAUUAUCACUUCCUGUGGCUGUGUUCUCUGCAGGCCCAGUCUGGGAAGUGUGCUCUGAGAUGAGUUACUGAAUUGGGUCUGGAGAGUAUGAUCAGCUAAAAAACUUGUUUUGGAUGCUAAUAUUGCUUAGGCAUGAGCCAGGCACUGAGCAGGUUAGCAUUGUUAUGACUGAGGAAGUUUUGGACAUGUGCAGAAGCAAAUAUUUUGGCAUUUAAGAAACUUUACUUGUGGAACAAUAGGUAUCUAUACAGUUAUGUGGUAGCCAGGAGGAUCUCUGGCCUAUGUACUUCUGUGGCUUUAGCUUAAAAUGCCUGAGGAGGAAAUUUAACUUGCUGACUUCCCUUGAAAUUUUACUAGCCAGUUACUGAAACAUAAAAGCCACCAUGCAUGCCUAGGAAAGAGACAGAGGAGUACUAGCAAGGACUGUAUUUACUUGUAUGACCAAGACAAAGUGGAUGGGAGACAACUCUAUAAAGAAAUGGAAGGGUAGGUUCAGAUUUCUUUGGUCAGUGGGGAAGAAUCCAGAAUUGAUUCAAAUAUGCAAAAUAUGAAUGCAAACUCUGUUAACUGGAAGAAAGGAAAUAUUACUAAAUGUAUUAGGUACAAAGAAUUGUUUUAUUAAUUUCCAUUAUUAUAUUCCUACUAGUAAAAGCGCCAGCAAGUUACUUUUCAUCUGCACUGUUGCUUGUAGAAAUGCAAAAAAAUUGUCAACACUUUUUCAAGCCCUAGUGAUUACAGAAGGCUAAUCCUUGGAAACUGUAUUUAUAUUGGGUGUACCUAGUGUAUGGUUUUCUGGAGAUCUGUUCUGUUGUGUUUUUUCAGAUACAGCCCUGUAUGGAUAGCAGACAGUUCUGUCUCUGUCUCUUCAUGCUUUUUUGCUGCUUUUAUAUAACUAGUAUUUCUGUGUAUACCAGUGAGGAGACUGUUUCUGUCUCUAGACAUGUGAGAACAAAACACUUCCUUUGUUUGAAUAGUCUCAUUCCCUUUUUCCUGUUAGAAACUACAGCACAUCUUGAUAACUUACUUUUAAUCACAGUUUUAACAGCAAAAGGCAGAUUUGGUAAUCCAUCUAUUAACCCUAGGUUGUCUACGCAAUCUUCAUGAAAGAAGAGUUUGGGAUACUAAAGUUAAGAAACUAACUAGUAUCUUGUGCCUUGUUAUUGAAGAAAUUGAUCAUGAGUUUUGUGUACUUACCUCUCCAGGAGGAGAAAUUAAAAUCCUUCUUUAAAACCUCUAACCAACUUUUAAAUUGUGGCUAUCAUUCCCUAAUAAUUCUUUGGCAGCACUUAUUUUUAGGGGGAAAAGGAGUUGCUAGUAGUCAUCUGCUUGCAGAAUUUUGAGAACAUCAAAAAAUAAUUCUAAUUUUUCCAGAUUACUCAAUUUUUAACAGAUGCAGAUUAAUCUGAAUGCAGAUUAAUAUCAAUUUUAGAAUUGACAGUUGUCAUUCUGUAACUGCCUAAUUGGAUUUCCUCCUAGCAGUGUAGCACAGUAAGACUGACUUGCAGCUAUUUUAGCAUCUUUGUAAUCAAUUACAAGAAAACCUUAGAUUGAUUCUAGCCUUUAAAUAAUGGCUUACAACUUGGUAUUUCUUAAUUGUUUCUUGUUUUGUUGUUAUUUUGAUUUCUCUACACUUUAUUAUUGCAAUGUUCUUAAACAGCACCAGAUCCGUGGUGGCUUUAGCCACAUGUUCAGUUUUUCCUUUUGCCUGCUACAAACUAUUAAAUCUUAAAAAUUCUUAAUCCAGUAAAACCACUGUAGCCUGUAUUGUCUCUAAGCUUUUAUUAAAAUCUUUUAUGCUUACACUAAAUGCCUCUAACAUGAAAGACUCAGUUGGUCUAAUAAAAGAUAUCGCAUCUACUCAAAGAACCUUGCCUGAUAUGAAUGAAGUAUUUAUAGCUUACUAAACAAUGUUCUCUUAAAAAUGUUCAGCAACUAUGAAAAUAACAUUGUUUUCUUCUCCCUGCAAUAUACAUGUGUGCACACACAGUGAAGAAUCAACUGUUAGGAUAGAAAAUGAAUCUUGGGUGAAGAACUGUAUGCAGCUUGUCCAUCUUGGCCUUCAAGUCUCACCAUGUAAAGAGUAGGCUGCUGCCUAUGAAAGCUUAAACAUUUCUGAAUUAGUCUCUGAAGUACCAUUCUGCCCUGCCUUCUACUGUGUAAAUAUGCUAACUUUGGCACACACCGUUAAAAAAAAUUCUCUUUUGCAACCUAUCCAUUUAUAUUUCUGAAGCACAGAAGCAACAUUCUUUGAUUAAACCUGUUUGGCCAGAGA